AUGACUCCUUCAUUCAUUGAUGCCUCCACUCAUAAACAGUCUGGUACUGAAAAGGAUACACGUACAAACACCACCACAAACACCACCACAUCAUCAUCAUCAUCAUUGCUACCGCUGCAUGUAAUUCUGCCUGCAAAACCUUUACUCCCUGAUUCAUAUGUUCUCACGCAAGCUCCCCAUAUCCAUUCUCCCUUAGCUAAUGAAGUCGCUACUAUUGAUACUAAUACAUCGUCGGUAUCUCCUACAGAUCCUCUUUCACUGGACCCUAAUCACAAGGUGGAUCCUAAUAAUAAGACCUCAUCCGGUGGGAAGUUAACUGGUUCAUCUAACAAAUCUUGGACUCGAUCUCAGGAUCCAACUCCACUUCCCAUGACUUCGGAGUUGGGGUACCCGAUGGGAGAAUCGACUUCACACUCCUUCAAUGUCAAUUCAUUUAACACGUACAACAUUCCAGGUCAAUCAAGUGUGCCGAUUUCUCGCUCGUCCUCCGCGUCAGGGACAGUAAAAGAAACAAAUAGGGUUCACCUUGAAUAUGAUCCGGUAAAUAAACGGAAAAUACUUAACACCUAUGAAAUCCUCCGAGAGAUCGGCCGGGGGGAACACGGUAAGGUCAAAUUGGCCAAGGAUUUGGAACAUAACGAAUUGGUAGCUAUAAAAAUUGUUAGUAGAAAGUCCAAAAAGAAUAGACCAACUCUCAGAUUCAAGCAUAGUCCUCAAGAUGUUGCUAAUGCUUCAGAUAGGUUUAUCCACAAGUUGGAUGAUUACGAAAAGAAGAUUAAAAGGGAAAUCGCUAUCAUGAAGAAAUGUGACCAAAAACACAUUGUCAAAUUAAGAGAAGUAUUAGACGAUAAAAGAACAUUUAAGAUCUACUUGGUUCUAGAGUAUAUGGAAAAGGGUGAAAUUAAAUGGAAGAAGACCUUGAAGGAAUUACAUCAAUGUAAAAAUAACAAUGAAUGUGGUGAUGAUGAAAUCCCCUGUGUUUCUAAAACUUGUGCUGUUGUUCAACCAACAACCACUGCUAUUGAUUAUGAUGAUGACGAUGAUUAUUUACUAAGUGAAACCUAUGCACCAAAUCUUACCUUCAAGCAAUCCCGCAAGAUAUUCCGUGAUGUAUUGUUGGGGUUGGAGUAUUUGCAUAAACAAGGGAUUGUACAUCGGGAUAUAAAGCCUGCAAAUUUACUUGUAAGUGCAGAUAAUGUUGUUAAAAUCAGUGAUUUUGGAGUUUCGUUUGCUUCUUCAUUGAAUUCUAAUGACGAAGGGGUUUUGAUGAAUGAAUUAGAGUUGGCGAAAACGGCAGGUACACCUGCAUUCUUUGCACCUGAAUUAUGUCAAACUAAUUUCAGUGGGAGUUCGAUUAAUUUGACUAAGAAUAUUCCUCCCAAUAAUAUCAACUAUAAGAUUGACAUAUGGGCUUUGGGAGUUACUUUGUAUUGUCUUUUGUUUGGGAAAGUACCCUUUAAUGCUGAUUCUGAAUUCAAACUCUUUCAGGUUAUUGUAAAUGAUGAUUUGAAAUUUCCUGUUGAUAGAUUCUCCUUCAGUGCACCUACACCUGUGAGUCAAGAAGAGUUUGAUUUGGCUAAGGAUUUAUUGACUAAGUUACUUGAUAAGAAUAGUGCUACAAGAUGGGAUAUUGCAGAAAUCAAGCAACACCCCUUCACAUUAAUGGAUUUGAAUGAAGGUACAGAAGAAUAUAAUGAUUUUUUCCAUCUUAAUGAUCUUCAGAAUAUUAACACUAAUACCGGAGCCACAACUUCAGAGUUACAAUCACAGGUAGAUUUAUCUUCGACGAACAUGCUGCUCUAUGCCUCGCCGAAAAUGCAUUCAUUAUGUCCUUUAUAUGAAUUGGAUACAACAAACUCUAGUUCUGACAAUAAUAGUGUUGUGGGGCUAGGUGCCAGAGUCAAGAAAUCUUUGUUCAAUGCCUUAAAGAAUGGGAUGACAGUUGAGAAGAAUUCAUCGACUGAAUCUAGUGAACAAAGUUCUCAUUUCAAUUCCAAGUCCAAUUUAUUUCAUUCUGAUCCUUCUAUUAUCAUUUCAGAAACUCCAUAUUCCACAUUGGCCCUUAAUACUUCCAACCCAGAUACACCACCACCUUCAUCUCCAAUUCCAAGUAGAAAUGUGUUACCCAGUGGUGGAGGAGGAGGAGGAGGAGGUAUUAGUUUGGUGAGUUCACCAUGUGUUUCAGCAGCUACAACUACCACUGGGUUGAGCCCCUUUCCCGUUGCUGGCAUUCGGGACAGAAAUAUUUUAUUGCUGGAUGUUAUUGAAAGUGAACAACUGGGAAGUCGUCGUAGCUCUGUCGGUAUUAUUUCGGAAGCACCUCAAGUGGAAACCAAACGGAAUGCAGUUGGUGAUGUUUAUUUAAGAAAUCAAAGCAUUGUGGAUACCUUUAAAGACAUUCAAGAACAAGAUGAACGAAGACGUUCAAGUGUACUUUCGGGUCUUAAAACUACCAGUUCCAAUCCUACAGGAACAUCAUCUAUAUUAUCGACUGCUUCAUCAUCUGCAAGUCCCAAGCCUUUCAGACCUUCUAUUUCUUCCGAUUUCACUCCUAGUUCAACCAGUGUUCCUUCUCAACCAAUUAAUAGAAGAAGUACAUGUGGUUCUUCCAUUGAUGAUAAUGUUGUUACGGUAAAGGUAGGACCCAUUGAUAUCAAUAAAUCCAGACGGGGAUCAUCUGUGAUUUCUCUUCCUGUUUCCGAGUCCUUUGCUUCCUUGGAUUCCAUUGAUGAUGACUAUUUGGCUCUGAAAUAUCAAGAUUAUAUUCGCAGUAAGGGCAAAGAUCCUACUGACCAACUUAAAUCCCGACGCGGAUCCGAGGUUACUCAAUCAGAUACUGCUUUAUUCAAACAAGAGGGACUUCACAACGCUAGUCACCAUCAUAUUGGAGAUAGUGGGGUCCAAGCAAUUACAGAUAAGUUACGCAAUUUCAACAUGACAACCAGUAUGAAUAGUGAACCCGAAAGUAAGUCACGCUUUUAUAGGAGGACCCAAGGUGGGUUCGCAUUUGAUGGUGAUUCAGAUGAUGAUGAAGGAGCUAUUGGUUUUGGAGGACCCAAAUCCAAACCAAAACGACCUCCAAUGCAACCACCACAACCACCACCCAUGCUUCGGAAUAGAUCGAGUUCUAGUUCUUGUUCAUCAUACAGCUCAAGCGGUGGUGAUGAAAGCGAUGGUGAUGGUGGGAACUUAACGUUGGCAUUCACGGCUAAAGUUGACAGACCUCAAAUGUUUGGACUUGACAGUCGAGUUAGAUCUCAUGAAUCCAAUUUACCCGGAUUAGUUCAUACUCCAUCGUAUCCAGAUGUUCCUAUAAUAUUCCAAGACCAAAUACCGGAGUUUGAAGAUGUUCCGGAAAUGUUAAUGGAAAUGCCGUCAAUAGGCAACAGUACCAGCAGUAGCAUUGCCAUGGGACCGUCAGUGUCUAUUAUUUCAUCCACAGGAUCCCAGACUACCAUUACUCCUAGUUUGGGGUAUAAUAACAAUAAUAGUACUACUACUGCCCUAAAGACUCCUCAGACAGACAAGUUUGUGAUGCCACCAAGUACUCCAGAAGUGUUGGGUACUUUAUCGAUCUCCCAUUCACCAAUGACUCCAAAAGUAAGUGGCCGAGAGUUCUCCUCUCCUCAACAGCCACCACAACCACCGGUAUUACACAACGUGUUUCGGCCCCAACGGAAAAUAGUCACGUCUCCUUUAGGACGUCAUGAACCAGUUUCUGCUGUUAUUGAUUCCAUUAAUGAAUCCGGAACAAGAACGGAAUCAAGUCCCGGUACCGGUACCGGGACCGGUCCAGAUCCAACAUUUAAUCUUGAUCAAACACAAGUUGCUAAGAAGACAUUAGCUCAUCUGUACAACAACCACUACAAGAAGGAACCUCUUCGGUUUCCCUUCCCAAAUGCUUUACAUUAUGAUCAAGAGAAGAUAUCCGCAGACCACCGUCCCUCUACAAAAGCGGCGGUAUCUACUGCUACUGCGAACCGGUUGACCACUAAGGACCGGUUCCGGUCCAACUCCAUCACCAUUGGGAUCUUGCAACAUGAACCACUGAACCGUAUAGAGAUCAAGAAAUAA